AUGCCAUCGCCCGCGUCCACCGAGGACGCCCCGAUGCUGACCUCUGCUACCGAUGCAGACCCAGCAUCGUCGCGAUGGACUCGCGUCUGGGAGAAGCUGAAAGCGCCCUUUAGCGGCGCAGACCCGCGAGUCUGUAUCGCCUUCUGGCUCUUUGGUCUGGUCAACAACGUGCUCUACGUGAUCAUCCUCUCCGCAGCGCAGGACCUAGUCGGCGGCGACGUGCCGAAAGGUGUCAUCCUCGUCGCAGCCAUUAUCCCCGCCUUCGCAACCAAGCUCACAGCUCCGUACUUCAUCCACUUUGUCCCCUACGCGGUCCGCAUCGUCAUCUGCGUAUUCCUCUCAACAAUCGGUAUGCUCGUCGUGGCAUUGAGCCCCAGCUCAACCGACCCCUCUUCCAUCGCCAGCAAGAUCUCGGGAAUUAUUCUGGCGAGUUUCUCCGCUGGCGGAGGCGAGCUGAGCUUUAUGGCCCUAACCCAUUUUUAUGGGCCGUUCAGUCUUGCUUCGUGGAGUAAUGGGACGGGUGCAGCGGGGCUCGUGGGUGCGGGUGUUUAUGCGCUUGCUACUUCGCUGAUGGGGUUAUCGGUGCGCACGACACUGUUGGCUUCGGCUUGCUUGCCUCUUGCUAUGGCCUUUGGGUUCUUUGUCGUGCUACCACGCGGGGUGCUACAGGCGGAGCUAGCGCAGGAUGGAUAUACUGCGAUUGAGCGCGGGGAGUUGCUCGCGGAGGAUGGGCUGGAAGGUGAUGAGGCUGGUUCAGAAAAUGACGGGCUGCUCGGCGUGGCGAUCCAUUUAACAGACAGCCAUAAGGAUAUCCGGGUGAACGAGGCCUCGUCCUGGUGGAACCAUGUUCAGACCAGCUUGAAGCGCAUGCGGAAGCUGUUUCUGCCAUUCAUGGUCCCCUUGCUCAUCGUCUUCAUCGCCGAGUACGUGAUCAACCAGGGUGUAUAUCCUACCCUACUCUUCCCCCUGCGCGACUCUCCAUUCUCUCACUUCCGGUCUUUCUAUCCCGCCUACAACGCCGUCUAUCAGAUGGGGGUUUGGAUAUCUCGGUCAUCGACUCCAUUCUUGCGCAUUCACAACGUCUACAUCCCCGCCUUACUGCAGGUGGCCAAUCUGCUGCUCUUCACGCUGCAGGCGCUCUUCAAUUUUAUUCCCAACAUUUGGCUUGUUUUCAUAAUCAUCUUCUGGGAGGGACUGCUCGGCGGCAUUGUGUAUGUCAACACCUUUGCCGAAAUUGGCGAGCGUGUGCCUAUUGAGGAGCGGGAGUUUUCGCUCGGUGCCGCCACCGUCAGUGACUCAGCGGGUAUCUGUAUUGCGGGCUUCUUGAGUAUGGGGUGGGAGGUGUGGUUGUGCAAUUGGCAGAUUGCGCAUGGGCGGGACUGGUGCCGCAAGCUGUAA